UUAAUGAUUUGCAUUCCAUUUCCAUUUCCAUGGCAUGAGUGAGAAAGAGAGAAGCAAAUUGAAACGCUUUCGAAGAAUUCAAACAUAAAAACGAAAGAGCAAGAGAGAGAGAAGAGGGUGUGAUGCAAAUGACGUUGUGAGAGUAGAAUACAAUAGAAUACAAUACAAGAGGCACCUCAUCGUUUUCCUCAUUCGCAUUCACCAGUCACCAGCGUUACUUGUUCAUCUGAAAUGGAAGAAAGCGUUGUUUUCAACUUGAGCGCUCUCAGAUCUCUCUUGUGCAUCCUUCAAUGGUGGGCUUUCAAUGUCACUGUCAUCAUCGUCAACAAAUGGAUCUUCCAGAAAUUGGAUUUCAAGUUUCCCCUAUCAGUGUCCUGUGUCCACUUUAUCUGCUCAUCCAUUGGAGCGUAUGUGGUAAUUAAAGUGCUGAAAAUUAAACCACUGAUAACUGUUGACCCUGAGGACCGCUGGAAAAGAAUCUUCCCAAUGUCAUUUGUGUUCUGUAUUAACAUAGUGCUGGGGAAUGUGAGCCUUAGAUACAUUCCAGUGUCUUUUAUGCAGACAAUAAAGUCAUUCACGCCUGCAACUACAGUGUUAUUGCAGUGGCUAGUUUGGAGGAAAAGUUUUGACUCUCGUAUUUGGGCUUCUCUUAUACCCAUUGUUGGAGGGAUUCUUCUCACAUCUAUGACAGAGCUUAGCUUUAAUAUGUUUGGAUUUUGUGCCGCCUUAGUUGGCUGUUUGGCUACAUCUACAAAGACUAUCCUGGCUGAAUCUCUUCUGCACGGCUACAAAUUUGACAGCAUAAACACAGUCUAUUACAUGGCACCUUUUGCAACUAUGAUCUUGGCACUUCCUGCCUUAUUACUUGAAGGCAAUGGAGUUAUUGAAUGGCUAAACACUCAUCCAUAUCCUUGGUCGGCCCUCACUAUUAUUUUUAGCUCUGGGGUGUUGGCUUUCUGCCUUAACUUCUCCAUUUUCUAUGUGAUUCACUCCACCACUGCUGUCACGUUUAAUGUUGCCGGAAACCUUAAGGUUGCAGUUGCUGUCCUUGUUUCUUGGCUGAUAUUCAGGAACCCAAUUUCAUAUUUAAAUGCCGUUGGAUGUGGUAUAACUCUUGUGGGAUGUACAUUCUAUGGUUAUGUCAGGCACAUGCUCUCCCAACAACAACCAAUUCCAGGAACUCCUAGAACACCCAGAACUCCUCGCACCCCUGGGAGUAAGAUGGAGCUGCUUCCUCUUGUAAAUGAUAAAUUAGAAAACAAGGUCUAAUUGGUUUAGCUACAUAUGAUAUGAGGUUUCUGCCCAUGGGAAGGCAGUGAUAGCAAUAGAUACAUAAAGAUUAAAUUUACAAUCAUUUAUUCUAUUAGAUUUUACCCCACAAUUUUAAUACAAGUCUCUUCCUUUGUCCA